GCGGGGGGGGCGGGGCAGCGCCGGGUCAGGGGUGAUCCCGGGAUGGUGUCCCGGCCAUGGUGUGCAGCCUGCGCCCAGACCGGAGCCCGCGGCUCGCCCGAGACCCGCCCGACGGAGAUCACAAUGGCCCAAAGGAUGUUUAGAACACAUUUGCUAUUCUGCUUUCUGGCUGCGUUCUUCAUCUCUGCCCUAGCUGAGGAACACGUAGGAGAGACUCAGCAUCCAAAUAUUCGCCUUGAUAAGAAUUUGGUACAAGAUAAAGAACACAUCAUGGAACACUUGGAAGGCGUUAUUGAGAAACCAGAAUCUGAGAUGUCUCCACAAGAGUUGCAGCUUCAUUACUUCAAAAUGCAUGAUUAUGAUGGCAAUAAUUUGCUAGAUGGGUUGGAGCUUGCUACUGCUAUCUCACAUGUCCACAAAGAGGAAGGUGGUGAGCAUACCCAAGCAAUGAAGGAAGAAGAGCUGAUUAGUCUAAUAGAUGAUGUCUUAAGAGAUGAUGACAAGAACAAUGACGGAUAUAUCGACUAUGCAGAAUUUGCAAAAUCACUGGAAUAAGGUGUUUGUUUCUCCUUCUAACCACAUGAAAAUGUGAACCAGUAUAAUGUGAUUCAUUACUGUCUCAUAUCAACCUUUGUGCUGUGAGAAGGAGAGGUGUACCAGUUCCAGCUGAAUUUAUUUGAAAGUUKUAUGUGUUAAAAGGCUGCUAACUUGGAGUGAGAGCCAUGUUUGACUAAAAUGUACCUACACAUUUGAAUUGCGAAGCAUGGAAGUGUCAACAGUACUCACACAGGAUACAGCUGGCAAACUCCUAAGUAGCUCUGUGUGAAUACUAACGGAAUCAUUAGCAUCUAAAUUUCAGGUUUGCAGUCAUUGGGUUACAGUACUUAUUUGCUUAUAUCUUCUAUUUAAAAUGAUACCUAGAAAGCAAGAAAUUAUUACUGCAUAUAGUUAUUCCAAUGAUAAAUGUCUUUACCUUCUCUCUUAAUUUACAAGGAAAUCUGCAGAUAAGUACARGUGCUUGAAACAGCAGUUGUAGGGGAAAAGCAUUUGAAUGUGGGCUGCGUUUGACUUCCACAUGACAUCAUAACAGUCAAACAGUCUUUUUGAAUAAAUGGAGUAUUUUUAAAUAUAGGUACUUCCUAGCAUACCUUACAUAUAAAUAUAUAUACUUGUGGUUUUCAAUUUUUUGUCCUCUACAAAUUUACUUUUUAUAUCUUAAUUUACUGGGUUUUUUUCAUCUACCUUCCACAUUUUCCUAAGAAAUGAAAGUAUUUUUAUUACAUUUAUAUGUUGUGUUAAUGCUGUAUAGCAUUUGUUAGAGUAGCUUUUGCUAUCUCAUUUUGACUCAUCAAAUGACCUUGGUUGGAAGGGACCUUACAGAUCAUUCAGUUCCAACAGCCCUGCCAUGCUCAGGGAUACCUUUUCACUAGACCAGGUUACUCAGGGUGCUCCCUGUCCAGGGUUACGCCAUCUACAACUUCUCUGGGCAACCUGUUCCAGUGCCUUUCCACCCACACAGUAAAGAAUUUCUUCCAAAUGUAAUCUAAACCUAGCCUCUGUCACUACAUACCCUUGUACAGAGUCCCUCUCCAUCACUGCUGUAGAYUCCCUUCAGGUACUGGAAGGCUGCAAUUAUGUCAUCACAAAGCCUUCUCUUUUACAGCCUGAACAAUCCCGAUUCUCUUAGCCUUGUCGGAGAGGUGCUCCAUCCUCUAAUCAGCUUGGUGGCCUCCCCUGGACUUGCUCCAACAGGUCCAUGUCCUUCCUGUACAGGGGUCCCCAGAGGUGGAUGCAGUGUUCCAGGUGGGGUCUCACCAGAGGGGAGCAGAGGGGCAGAAUCCCCUCCCCCCUCUGCUGCCCACGCUGCUUUGGAUGCAGCCUGGGACAUGGUUGGCUUUCUGGGCUGGGAGUGGACAUUUUUGUGGCAUGUCCACACAUGCCACAUUGUUGUGGCAUGUCUGACCCACCAGCACCCCAAAGUCCUUCUCAGCAGGGCUGCCCUGAAUCCCUUCAUCCCCCAACCUGUGGUGAUGCCAGGGGUCAUCCCAACCCAGGUGCAGUGCCUUGCACUUGGUCUUGUUAAACCUCAUGAGACUCUCAUGGACCCACUUCUAGAGCUUGUACAGUUCCUUCUGGAUGGCAUCCCAUCUUYCAGGAGUUUUAUGAAGGUCACAUUAACAGUAAACCGGUUCAAUAUUAAAGCUUUUGUUCAAUUUGGGUUUUACAGUAUUAGCCAGCAGGAGUGAGCAAGUAAUGCUGCCUUGUUAAGGUUUAAGUUCAUAUUCCUUGACACAUACCUGAAAGUAUGGUAUACUUUUGGGAGAUAUUCCAUAACUUAACAGUUUCAAGCUACUUGAGUGUUUGCAAAUUAUCAUGGCUCUAGGAAUGUUUUCACUGUCUUGACUUAAUAGUUGAUAAGUCAAGCUGUUUAAGRAUAUUAGAGCAGUGAUGUAUUGCUGUGUUAUUGGUGUUUGGUGACUGAAACAUAACUGAAAUCUUAAAUUACAUUCAAUGAUUAUUCAUUAAUAAAGAAUCUAAAUGUUAGCCUAUUUCUGUAAAAUGUAUAAAGAGCUAUUUUCUAUACAAAAUUAUUCUUAUACAAGAGAAACACAUUUGUAAAAGAAAUUAUUUCCUCUGUUUAAAUGUUUGUGCAAUGAAGCCUGAGUGUCUGAUUUUUUUUCUUCUACUAGUUAUUUAUUUUGAAACCUUUGUGGCUGGAUUUGUGUGGGUUGUACAAGCAAUAAAAUUAAGUUGGGGUUUGUGCAUGCUGAUAGGAUACACAAGGCUAUAAGUCGUAGUGAGAAACGUACCUCAUUUGCUGAUGUGUUUUUAAGCCCAUCUCUCGCAAUCAUGUUAAAAGAAAAUUAUUU